AUGGAGGUAUGGUCUGGUGCCAUUGACUCUGGCCCAACUACACCACUGACAGGUAUACGCUUGAUCGACCCUAACUUUACAAACCCUAGCAAUUUAUUCCGGAACGCGAAGCUGUCUUUCCGAGCCUAUGUCAAUCCGAGCAGAAUUCCCAUUGUCUGCUUUACUGGCCCGUCUCUAGAGCUUCAUUGCUCCGAGCACAAGACAGUAGACUGGAUCAGACAUAAGCUGUUACGUACAUAUCGGACAGAAGGAGAGGACUAUGAAGAGCUCGCUCCUGUGCAGCAAUGCCCGGUUGGCAUCCUCAUUCGUGUUGACGAACAAUCACCCUCCCCAGAAGUGGAUAAUAACACCAGCUUGAAACAUCAAAUGAUAUCAGAUAUCCUUAUAUUUGGAACAUUGUCAAGGCCCAGCCCCCGGAAUGACUGUCCAUCAUCCCCACAGCCUUCUUCGAUGACAGCAGAUGGCCAACUACCUAAAGAUGGACCACCACCGCUUGAAUUAAGAGUCUCAGCUGGGAUGAUACAGAAUGAAUCGUCUGGCGAGUUUCUACCAGAUAGCUACGGCUCCUCAAGCCCAAAGAGGAAGAGGGUUGCAACUUUAUUCGAAGCUGCAGCAGAAUAUCACAAGAAUGUUAGGAGGAAGGGGGCAGCAGCAAUGUCUGAAUAUUUCACGAGAGAGAAAUCAGCCACGCCUCAGUUCCCCCUGCUUCCGUCUAAUAUCAGAAUCAAACGAGAGAACGAGAAUAACCCAGAAUUUAGCAGUAGCCUGAAUGACGUUAACCUUACUAGAAAGCGUGCCACUUCAGUUGCAAAAGAUAUCCGUGCUGGCUCCAGGAGACCGUCAUUGCUUCGCCCUAGAUCAUCAACGUCUCAAGUUUUAUGCACGUCAAGCCGCAAAGAGCUACCAAGCUCCAAAGCUGACGGUUCCAAUCCCCAAUCACAGCAGAGUCAACAAUCCAAAAAUCCAAAUCUAGACCCACUUGAAGAUAUCGCUGCUAAUAACAAGGCUUUAUUGACCCGUACAAUUCUCACAUGCAUGCGUCUUUAUGGUUUUCGUCGACCAAAUACCCGAACUACCUCAAACUUUAAUCCCUCCUCUACGAUAAGACAUCUACCGUCACCCAACGAUACAGUCAUAAAAUGUGACCCAGAAGAAGCUAGUGGAAGCCGCAGACAAGAUAUUUUCAGCCAUGCAAACUUCGCUCAGCUAGGGGACUUGGGCAAGAUGCAUACACCUAACCCGGUCGACGGUUUUGAUGAGCGGGAACCCAAGCCAGAAGCCGAUGGAGAUGACGAUAUGGGGUUCAGGGAAAUAUACCACGCUACAUACCGGGCUUCUACGUUUGCUCUAAGGCGUUUUUUAAAACCCUCUAAUCCAGCUGUCGGAUUACCGGGAAAUGCGGCUUGUGCUCACGAUGUUCCAAUAUUAGGGAAGGACAAGGCAAUGAAUACUGUGGACUCUGUUUUAAAGCUAUUCUGCGAAGCAUCAGACGGAGAAUAG